AUGGAAGAUCCACUAAGACAGAAAUUGCUGUUGAGGGAGAACGCAGUGCCUGUUUCUAAUAAGAAGCGAAAGGUACGCUAUGCCUCCGUGCCAGAUUUGGAUGCAGAAAUUGGUUGGCUGGUUGCCGAAGAAAUGAUCUUCCCAGCAGAACAUUCAGAGUGCGCCUAUCGUUGUAGUGAUGAAAAAGCGGACAAAUCCGCUUGUAUGAAGACUUCUCAACAGGAUUAA